UCUUUUCUUCUUCUUCUUUUUUUAUGACACUUUUUUGUUUUAUACCACUCUGUUGCAUCUUGACGACUCACUGUCGCCCACGUCUCUCCAUAGAUGGCGCGCUGUCUCGCUGCGGUCUGGGCCCCGCAAUCUUGGAGAGAUUUGUGUUGAGCAGCGUGUUGAGUAGUGUGGUCGACGGUGCCUCUAUUUUGGAACCUGCUCGGAGGAAAAUGAAGAACAUGAUAAGGUAUUCCCCGUCGCUCUGGACUAUGGUCGUGCUCGCAUUUGCGAUGUGGGCUCGGACCGCGCAAGCUCAAGAUGGAAAGGUGGAUCCACAAUGCCUUCCAACGGAAAUAAAAUAUGCGAGGAUCGAUCCUCGACCUACAAGGGUUACACUCAGUUGGCCACUUUUCAAACCUUUGCCUCAAUGUCUCAAGAACGGCGCCGAGUACACUAUCCAGGUCUCUUGGACUCCUGAGCAUGGACAAGCACGCGUAGAGGAAGUCCCUGUAUCCAAGAACACAUACGACGUCAGUGGUUUGUCGCCAGAUGAAUGGGUUUACAUAAAUGUGACACUGCAUUACAAGGACGAGAACGGCAACGAGCAUUUUGGGAAGAUUACCGAUUUCCAAACCAAAUCAAAGGUUACAGGCCCUACUGUGCCAAGGAACUUGAGGGUGACUGAGGUCACAGAGGACGGCACGAAGCUGGAAUGGGAACCGCCAGAAACACCGAACGGUCCGCUCGACGGAUACCAGUAUCAGGUCUGCAAAGUCAAGUCGUGCGACGAUAGACCGUAUAUCCAGUGUGCUGGUUCUUCCGAGACACAGAAGCUUGAAUUCCUUGCCCGGGACUUAGAACGUCUUCAAUUUUACUGGGUGUGGGUCGUAGCCUUCAACGAGGACUACGUAGCGAAGAAGAAACUCAUUGGGGGCUACGCCUCUGUCUGCUUCAAGGCAGUUCCUCACGCUUUGCAUUCCGUAAGAAAUUUUCAGGCGAACUGUACAAGCCCAGGCACCAUUGACUUGACCUGGAAACUGCCGUCCGAUGCUAAAGAUAUCCCUGAAGCCUACCGGCUGGAAGUCUUUACAAUCAAGGAAGGAGGUCCCAAAAAGGAUGAUGAGGCAUUCCGUGAAGUAGACAUCAAAGCUUCGUGCCGUGGAGAAGACUGUGCGUAUUCCUUGCAGGGACUCAGAGGAGGAGUAGAUCACGAGGUCGAAAUUCACCCGCAUUACAAGGACGUUGGCCCGUUUGGUGCAAGCGGUGGUGUGACAGGAUGCGUAGUCCGUCUCCCUCCACCAACCAAACAAAUCAAGUUAGUCAAUGACGAUACGCUAAACAAGACUGAGCAAGCUUUUGAAGUGCCUCUGGAUUUGUUCGGUGAUAGUAUCACGAUUGCCAAUCAGACUGAGUGGAUAGUUGCUCAGGACACCGAAAUUGAGCAUUGUGAGAGACCAACCACUUGGAGUGAAGCCCACUCGCAUGACACUAUCAAGUGCUACGUUGUGGUGCCUCGACGGGGAGAUGAUUCGCCUCUUUGUGAGACCAGAGGCAAUGUCGCACGAUGUGUUCUUGGUAGCGAAGACUCAAAAGACUGUUUUACAUACGACUGUAAUGGGCCCCUCAGAGUUGGCGUCAAGUAUGGGUUAAAGCUAAGGAUACGCUUCCCCGGUGGUGAUGUCGACUCAAAGCCUGCAUUCUUCAUUGCUGGGACUCCGAUAUCGGGAGGCGGUGACAGGACGAAAAUGGCAACACAGGCAACGUCAUCUAGGCUAAACAAUGGAAGACACCCAGAAUGAAGUGACGAUGUAUCUGGAAGGGACCAGAUUCAACAACCAAAUAUUCUAGAUAUUCUAAAAUGGACAAUUUUGAUGAAGGAAGACGGAAGGAUGAUGAUUUGCCUCGCAUUGGCAUGCCUUCAUCUCGAUAAGAAGAACCUGAUCGUGGGAGUGACGCUAAAAAUAUUUCAAUUAGCAAGUUGGGAGACAUAUAGCGGUCAAGCAGUUUCCGAGUGUAUUUGUCACUUUAGGCGUCGAUGUAGACUUGUCUCCCCGGGAGGCUUUACUUCUUAGGUUCAGUUUCGUGCGAAUAACUGCGACGCAAGAUUUGUUCCUCUGUUUUCAUUGAUAAUCGUAUCGUAGAAUAGAUCCCCGUAGAAUACAUUACACAGCUUGCCGAUGAAUUCAUUUCAAAUUAUUAUCACAAGUACUGGGCAAGCAACAAUACACUGAUUUAGGGAACAUUUCCUCCGCUAUCUCUAGCAAAAAAAUACCCACUAUAAUUUUAUCAGUAAAAAAGACCGUACGGCUCCUCCAUUCUUAGAAACGUAGCUUUGCUAAAAUUUUAAUGCGCAGCACUCAGAAAACAACACUAAAGCUUUCUUAUUUCAAUAUGUACACGCUUUCGCGUGGUGGAGGAAGCCCACUGAAGUAUUCGUAUCACUGCUAUAGAGUUUAGAAUAUGGCACGUGGACAUUAAUCGGAAUAGGGGUGAUACACACCCAAAGAAUGCAAUGCCGAAAAAGGCAUUUGCAAGGGAAACAAUUUUUGACCAUACUUGGCUGUUGAGUGUCGACGCAGUAAGUAAGUCGAAAGGAGAGAAAGUAAUGGGCAUCAAGAUAUCUUCAAAAGUGUGGGAAAUAGAUUAGACUGUCUGGUGGACUACGUGUGCGCCUGGGAAAGGUAUGUAAUUCUGAGAGACGUAUUGGGCGGCUAAACAAAGGUACAUAUGCCUAAAAACUUAAAUAAAUAAAAAGAAUGUACAAGGAAGCAGGUCUAAGAUUGAGGCCGCGGGGUUUAAGUGAUUUGAAUUUAUAUGUGAAAUAGUACUCUUUAUUUUUACGUUAAACAUUUAGUCAAAGAUCGUCACAACGGGUUCCCUUGCACGAGCAUUUUUAGCAAUUGUAUUCUCUCACUGUGUAUCCCCUUUUUCUGAUUUGUGCCCACGUGACAUAUUAAAAACUCCAUAUAUACCUGUAUGAGGUACCACUUCUUUCGUGCCUCAUGCAGCGUGAAGCAUGGUCCGCCACACGAAAGCUUAUCAAUGUUCAUGUUUUGAGUGUUGUGCAUUUAAUCUCCAACUUGACUCUGCUUGUACACGCGCUACACUCUUAAUACAAUGGAAGUACACAUAUUGAAACUUAGAACGGGCUAAGGGUCAACUUAGACCGAUAUGCGGGAUAUUUGUUAUGCGGAGCACACGUGAGCUGGUAGGAGAUGGGAUGAUUGAUCAGUAAUCACCGCGCAGAGUUACUUAAACCGCUGUUAAUACAUCGUUAGUAAACUUCAGUUUAGUGUUCUGCGUGUCAUAGGUUAAGUAAUUCGUUAUAACUGCACGGGACUUAUGUGUUCAAGAAUAAAUUUUUCAAGCCA